AUGAUCCCCGACCUCGUAUCCAAGCUCCUCCAUCACUACCCCGUGGGGGCGGAGGAGGAGGCCAUCACCGUCUUCGUCCCGUCCGACGACACAGAGUACGAAUGGUGCGAAACGGAGCGCCCGGAGGUCCGCGUACUGACGGGCCGGGUCGAUCGGGAGUCGUUCGGGCCGGGCAGGCUGUCCUACGGGUCGGUCCUGCGGCCCCGAGACGGCGGCGGCAGCCCGAUUCGGGUCACGGAAUCCGCCGACCACAGAGGUGUGGUCGUGGAUUGGGGUUUGUACGAUGACGGCCGCCGCCUGGUCGUGCACGGGUUGCGCGGCCGGACGGUCCCUCGGCACAGAUGGGUGCGGACCGGGCCGGGAUGGUUGGUCGUCUCGGGUCUGAUUGUGGAGAAGAGAGGACCGCGGGACCCUCGUUGCCCCGACCCCGACCCGGAUAUGAUGCCGAAAAACAAGGAGGAGGAGGAGGCCUACAGGAGCGAGUAUGUCCGGCGGGUGGAUGGCGGCCCACUCCCAGCAUUGUUGCAUAACGGCCCAUUCCUACGAUUCCAUUGCGACCGUAAACAUUGCUACUAG